UUUUACGAUAAUCUGUGCUCUUUGACUUAACCCUAACCCUAAAUCGAAAAGUGUCAAAAAAAGUUUAUUUUGCUUUUAUAAUGGAUUUUUUUUACAAUAGUAUAUGCCAUGUAUGUAAAGAAUAUAAAAAGGGGAUAAUGAAGCGAUGUGGCUCCUGUAGAUGUAUAACUUAUUGCUCGAAAGAACAUCAAAUCUGUGAUUGGAAAAAUCAUAAACAAAUCUGCCGUUUACUAGCAAAUUCAAAUGAAUUUUUUAAUCUCACCGUUGAUUGCGGGUACCAUAAAUGGAGAUCAUUCAGGACUAGCUUAGGAUUGUAUUUAGAUCAGAGGGUAUGCGCAGUUUGUUUCUCCAGAGAAAAUCUGAAAGACUGUGAAAGUUGUUUAUGUGUUGCUUAUUGCUCUAAGGAUCAUCAAACAAAACACAAGGAAUCCCAUUCAACAGUUUGUCGUAAUUUAAAACUAUGUUUAGAUUAUGAUCGUUUCUAUGUGAAAACAAACAAGAUAGAGGUGAAAUUGAAAGAAAUUGAUACUGAUAAUGAAAAAUUACCAAAUAGUAUUCAAGAAUGCCUAGAAAUGUUUGUGGACAUGUCAGAGAUUUGUGACACUCUUUUGAAGAUAUAUGUUGCGGAUAUUUUUGCUACCAUGUUAACAAUAAUUUACAGUAUGGAAAAAUGUGAUAUUUUAAAAAAACGUUACUCAAAAUUUGAUAAUCUGGUAGUUCAUGUAGUGGGUGCAGAUAUUUCUGAGUUAGCAGCAGAUUGGAAUUCUAAUUUUCUCCUAUUAAAAAGUUGGAUAAAGGAUUUGAAAAGUUGUAAAUUUAUUUUUAUUGGUCCUGAUUGCAUACUUAGUGAACGCCCUAAGCAUACUUGUAACAAUAUUAAAAUUGAAUGUGUGAAUGAUUUUUAUCAUAAUACUAAAAAUUUGGAUGAGCCACAUCUCAUAGUAGCAUUAAAUUCUGGAUUGCAUGAGUUUCAGUCUGACAAUAAGCAAGACACUUGGGGAAAGUCUUUAGUAAAGUUGAUUAGUGAUAAAGCACCUCUUGUUUUAACUGCAUAUACAAGACGAGAACUGGAAGAAGAUGUGAAAAGAUUGCAGAUAUUUGAAAUGAAGAUGCUUUUAGAUAUUCAAAAAAAUCCAUUUUCAAAUAAUAGACCUAUACGUGAUUGGGAUUCAGAAUUAUACACUCCCUUUUAUGUCAAUGGAUAUAUCGCAAUUUUGGCUGGGGUUAAUUAUAAAUAAUAAACUUCACACUAAUUUGUGGAAAGUUAAAUUUAUUGAGCUCAUAGCACGUUUUCAAGUGAAGUUAUGAUUUGAAUAAAAUAAAUUUUAUUCUGGAAAUCAAUUACGGGCUAGUAAAACUGUGUAAUAAAAAUAUAUCAUAUGAAUGAAUUCCUAGUUUUUCAGA